CGUGCAUUGAGCGAGCGCCUUACCACUGGGCUACAUACUGCCCCUUAGUACAAACUAGAGCUGUAAUGAUAUGGGAGGUCGCGAUACGAUACGUAUCCCGAUACUUGGGUCACGAUAUGUAUCAUAUUGCGAUACUUAACAUUUCAUAUCAAUCAUCGAUAAUUAAACUGUUGAGUUCAAGUUUAUGAAAUACAGGGGUAUGAUAACCAUAAUCAAACUUUACCAAAAAUUAUUAAAACAUGAAUGUAUCGUACUGUAUUGCAAUUUCGUUACUGCUCUAGUGCAAACAUUAGGAUGACAAACAACAUAUUGAAUUUUCAGACACCGAUAUUCUAAACAAGUAAGUACAUUAAAUACAGGUAUGUAACAGUAAUCAUUAAAAAGGCUCUACUAAUCGAGAACAUGUUAAAAUAUCAGCAAACUGAGGACAGUCGCUUUAAGCUUUGAAAGAAAUAUAAAAGUGAUAAAAGUAUAAAACAUGUUUAUGUACAGUUAUAUUUCAGUUCAAUUCUUUAUUUCAGCCUUGAACCCGAGGUUCAUCAGCACAAAACAACAGCAUACACAUUUCAAACAGAGUCUAAUGCACACAGGCAUUAAUGAACUGAUGACAAUAUAGUAGCUAAUGUCAGAAGUAAUUUUAAUUUUAGGGAAGCGUUGUGAACAGAGCAUCCACUGGUCUGGAACUACAAUUACAGCAGACAUAACUCACUUGAUUUUGAUAACCAGAGACAGAAGAAUGGCCGAGACGAAACCCGAUCAGAAUGGUGCGCCCAACGUCAUUAUUCAGAAUCCUGGACAGAGCGUCAAGCCGGUUGUUCCAGACGAGGAGGUGGAUCGCCUCGUUAAACGACUGUACGGCCUCGUCGUGACGACAUUCUCACCGCUCAACAGCUACGACGACAUCAACUUCUACAUCGAGGUGGACCAGAACGAUCACUGGAACCCACACCUGAAACACGUCGACAGCGGCUACGUACUGAAGAUAUUCAACAGAAUGGACUCGCAGCGACCACGUCUCAUUGACGCCCAACAUGCUUUCAUGGAACAUUUGAAGAAAAACGGGAUAAGCGUGCAAGAGCCAAUAAAAAAUCUCCAAGGCAACCACUUUUCAAUCGAAAAAAUACCUGUAAACGGUAAAGGUGAUUGUUACAGCCACUGGGUUGAAAUUCGUACCUACCUCCCUGGCACGAUUAUCGCGAAUGUACCGUACACUCCAAAGCUGCUUACCAAUGCUGGUGCAUUCAUGGCUCGUAUGCGAUUGGCUACCGAGAGUUUUGAACAUCCGUUCUACCGAGGGUACUAUAAUCUGUGGAGUCUUUCGUACGUACCGAAGAUACGAGACUAUCUGUUCUGUGUGGAUAGCAGUGAAAACAAGGAGCUGAUCGAAAAUGUCCUUGAUGCAUACGACAGUGAAGUAGUGCCCCAGUACAGCAGUCUGCCUAAGGGUUGCAUCCACGGUGAUACGAAUGAACAAAACAUCUUGGUACAGAAGUCGGAUAAGGAAAAUCCAAGUUCAGAAGGCGAUGACCAUUUCGUGAGCGGUAUCUUGGACUACACGGACGUCCACGAGAGUUAUCUGGUUGUGGACUUGGCCCUGACCAUCGCAUACUUGAUGAUGGACGCAGACGACAGUCUCCGAUUGGAUGUUGGAAGUCACGUGAUCAGCGGAUACAAGAAUCACGUGUCUCUCUCGCGCGCAGAAACUGAUGUCCUGCCUAUAAUGGUGGCUGCACGGCUGUGCCAGUCUUUGGUUCUCGGGCUGCACGCGUACCACGUAAAUCCAGAGAAUGGCAGCUACGUCCUGACCUCGCAGAAGGCCUGGCCUAUCCUACGUCAGUUCUGGAAUGAUAAAGACACCUUGUUGGCAGAAUGGAAGCGAAUUGUCAACACAGGCGAAUGAGUUUUACUUGUCUAAUGUUAUCUUAUUUAAACAUCUUUGUAAUUUUUAUUAAGAAAAAGGAACAUAAUAUUUGUUUAGCGACAUCUUAAUUUUUUUUUUAACUAAGGCUAUUUUGUGUCUAAUAUAUAGGUAAUAACUGGUUACUAUUUUAAGAUACCGGCUUUAUCCUGCAAAGGUUAGAAUGGCGAAUGCAGCGAAGCUCUGAAAUACUCGAGUCGAGCCGGGUUUAUGUUACGUGACCUAUAUGUUUGGUCAGUGACCAAAAAUAUAGAGAUUUAUCUGGUCAUCAUAGCAUGCCAAUGAAUACAGUGAUUGUGGGAUGCAUAGGGAAUAACUGGUUACUAUCUUAAGAUGUCGGCUUUAUCCUUGAAAGGUUAGAAUGGCGAAUGCAGCGAGGCUCUGCCGAGCUGCAUUCGCCAUUCGACCUGAGCAGGAUAAAGUCGAUAUCUUUUGACAGUAAAAAGUUUUUUCUUUUAUCCUGCAAUCCUACAGGAAUAGUCGGAAAAUCAUUAUUUAUUCCAUUUUUGUGUACGCAAAU